AUGGCCUCCAUCCCCCAAGCCCUCUGGUCCGCCCAGAUCCCCCUCCACAUCAUCCACCCCUCCCACCCCAACACGCCUCUCAUCACCUCCCUGCCGCGCUUCUCCUACCUUGCCCUCCUCGUCCCGCGCUGCUCCUCCUUCUUCCGCGCCCCGGUCUCCGCCUUCCACCAUGAGGACCUGCUGCUCCGGAACCUGCCCCUCGGCCUGCUCGUCGACCUCUACCAGCCCCCGCUGCCCUGGCGCCUCACCGUCAGCGACGGCGACAGCUGGGACAUUGGCGACACCUUUCUCAACUGCGUCAAGGAGGCAGACUUCGUCCGCUACGGCAACGCAAAACGCAUCAUGUCCCUCUCCAAGGCCGACACCUCGGCCCUCUGGAACGCCGUCCGCGACAACGACCACGCCUCCUUCGCCAAGAUCAACGCCCUCCUCCUCAACGCCCCGACACCCCUCCGCAACGUGCCCCUGCGCGUCUACAUCCCCUCCUCGCCGCCCCCGCCCCCCUCGUCAGCACUGGCGGCUCCUGCGGCAGCCUCGUCCUCGCCGUCACCUACCCCGGACUCACCGCCCCCGGCUCCCGCCGCCGCCGCCGCCGACCAGCCCCCCUCCACGGGCGCCUUCAAGGUCCUCCAGGCCCUUGUGCCUCCGACCGUCCCGGGCACCCGCUCCACCCCGCAGACGCUCGGCCGCGCCCUGCAGUCCCAUUUGCCGUCCCUCUUCCCCUCGAGCCGCGACCCGGUCCUCGCCAACGUCGUCCUCCACGGCUCGCCCGUGCCCUUCUCCGCUCCGCUCGAGGACCUCAUGCGCGAGGCCGCCUACCCGGAUGGCUGGCUCUGCCUCGCCGUCGUGCUGCUGUAA